CUUAGAGAGAUAUGGCCAGGUGUCUUGUUUUGGACGAGGAAACUUUCCACAUAUAUGCGACUGUAUGGAAGGAAGUUCAGCAUAGAGGACCAUGUGCACUUUGUCAAGCUGCUGUAUGAGCUGGUCACCAUCCCCAAACUGGAGAUCAGUAUGAUGCAGUGCUUCGCCCGUCUCCUCAUCACCCUGCUGAAGAAGAAGGAACUGCUUUCAAGAGAGGACUUAGAAUUGCCAUGGCGACCACUUUAUGAGUUGCAGGACAGGAUCCUGUACUCAAAGACAGAGCACCUCGGCCUGAACUGGUUUCCCAGUUCUCUGCGGCCACGCUCUUCCUCUAAGCACAUAAUUGUUCAACUUGCUCAGAGGUGCUCAGUGGAAGCAGUUCUGAAGGCUUUAAUCAAGAACUGCAGACCAUAUUUCCCAGAAUCAGCCACACAGGAGAUGCUGGAAGAGUGGAGGCCUCUGAUGUGCCCAUUUGAUGUGACCAUGCAGAAGGCGAUGGGAUAUUUUGAGCUCUUCCUGCCCACCACUCUCCCUCCAGAGCUGCAUGAUAAGGGCUUUAAUUUGCUGGGAGGGCCCAGCAAGCAGACCCAGACCCAGCUCAGUGGCCUUUUCAACAGUAUCGCCUCGUUUUUCCACCCUUCUAACCUCGGCCGCUGGCUGAUGAAACUCAUGAAGCUCGUUCAGCGAUUACCUGCCAGUGUUGUGAAACGUCUGCAUCGAGAACGUUACCGGACGCCAACGUGGCUGACUCCUGUUCCCGAGAGCCACCUUCUCAGUGAGCAGGACAUCACAGACUUUGUGGAAAGUAUGAAGCAGCCCGUCCUGCUGGCGAUGUUUAGCAAAACUGGCAGCCUGGAUGCUGCCCAGGCCCUGCAAAACCUUGCCCUGCUCAGACCUGAUCUAGUCAUUCCUCCAUUGCUGGAGAAGACAUAUCCUGCCAUGGAGACCCUCACUGAGCCUCACCAGCUGACCGCCACUCUAAGCUGUAUGAUCGGUGUGGCGCGGAGCCUGGUGGCCGGGGGCCAGAGGUUUCCAGAGGGCCCCACACACAUGCUGCCUCUCCUUUUACAGAUAACAUUCCAAUUUUUAGCGACUUUUGUUACUCUUGUGCCAUUGGUGGACUGUUCAGCUGCUGUUCAGACAAGAAAUGACCUCACACAGGUGGAAAAAGUGUUGUGUUCAGCCUCAGCAGAGUUUGAGGACUUUGUUCUUCAGUUUAUUGAUAGGUGUUUUGCACUGAUUGACACGAGUACACUGGAACAAACCCGGGAGGAGAUGGAGACAGAGAAAAUGACUCAUCUGGAGAGUCUGGUGGAGCUGGGCCUGUCCUCCACAUUCAGCACUAUCCUCACGCAAUGCUCUAUGGAAAUAUUCCAGGUGGCUCUGGAAAAAGUCUUUAACUUUGCCACGACAAACAUUUUUGAGACUCACGUGGCUGGACGGACGGUAGCGAACAUGUGCCGAGCUGCAACCAAGUGUCACCCGGCAGAGGCUCUGAAACUCUUUUUGCCCCACUGCUGUAAUGCCAUAUUACAAAUCUCAACCUAUGAAGAGGAAUUAAAUGAAGAGGAGCUGGAUAAAGAGCUGAUGUGGAACCUCCAGCUGUUGUCGGAGGUGACCCGUGUGGAUGGUGAUCAACUGUUACUCUACAGGUCUCAGCUGGUGCAGAUUCUUCAGUUAACUCUGCACCUGAAAUGUAAGCAGGGCUACAAUCUGGCCUGUAAGCUGCUCUAUCACAUCCUGCGCUCCAUGUCCCUCAUCUAUCCCAGAGAGUACUGCAGCAUGUCCGGAGGGGUCCAGCAGCACACUGACACAUACCUUCCAAUUAAGGACUGGGGUCUGCCUGGAGACCUGUUGAACCUGGGCAUCCAGUGGCACGUGCCCAGCACAGAAGAGAAAGAGUUUGUUUUUUAUUUGCUGGAUCUGUUGUUAAAACCUGAACUCCAGCAUCUGCAGAAACACACACAGGGAGAACAGGACAUCAGCAGGGAUGAUGUUCUACAGAGUCUGUCCAUUGUUCAUAACUGCCUUCUGGGAGCAAGCAGCCUUCUGCCUCCACUGAAUGGAGAACCUGUGCCGGAGAAGAUAAACAGUAUGAUUCAGCUAUGCGAGACAAACGUUUACACUGGAGUAGACUAUGACCUGUCUAGAGAGAACUACAGAGAGGACAUCUGUAAGGUGAUUAGACCUCUACUACACCACACUCUAGAGCACUCAGAGGAUGACAUCAAAUCCCUCUUCUCAAUUAUAAAGAUCAUCAACGACCUGCUCCACUUUAAAGGCUCACACAAACAUGAGUUUGACUCACGUUGGAAAAGUUUCAGUCUCAUUAAGAAGUCCAUGGAGAACAAGCUUCAUGGCAGUAAACAGCACAUUAGAGCUCUACUCAUAGACAGAGUCAUGUUGCAACAUGAGUUAAGAAAUCUGACCAAGGAGGGAUGUUGCUACAGGAGUGUUCAUCAGGACUUGAUAAAUGACCUGCUUAGACUGUCCACCAGCAGGUACAGUCAGGUGAGGAGUAAAGCUCAGAACGUGCUGUUCACAGCACUGGGAACCUACAGCUUAUGCUGCAGAGACGUCAUCCCUGCGGUGCUGGAGUAUCUGGACCCAGACCGCACUGACGUCACCCAGCAGCAAUUCAAAGGUGCCUUGUACUGUCUGUUAGGGAACCACUCUGGGAUCUGUCUUGCUAACCUGCAGUACUGGGACUGCAUUGCUCUCACAUGGCCUGCCAUUUUGCGUUCUGGUAUGAGCCCCUCAAUGUCUCUAGAGAAGUCUUCAGUCGUCCGGCUCUUUGAUGAUCUGGCUGACAAAAUCCACCGCCAGUACGAGACCAUCGGAAUUGACUUUUCUAUCCCGGAGAGCUGUGUGGAGGUUGCUCUAAAAAUGAUGAAAUCCAGUAACCCAGAACCGACUCCAUGUGCCGCCUCUGAACAGGAGGAACUGGAGGGAAGAAAGAGACAGGAACAGAAAAACAAAGACUCAGUGCAGAAGUAUGAGAAGCUAGUGGUGGAUCUUUUGGACAGGCUUUACGACCGAAACUUGCCCUGGAAGUUUGAGCAGAUAACUAUCGGCUUCCUCUCUCUGAUGCUGAGAGAUGACCACCCCUUGCCUUCCUCUGCAGUCCUCUUUUUCGUUGAGAGCCUGAACCACGACUCGCUCUUAGUUCGCAAUGGUGCGAUAUCAGCAGUGAGUGGCAUUCUAAAGCAGCUCAAGAGACCUCACAAGAAAGUGGCAGUGAAUCCCUACGACAUAUCUGAGCUCAAAACCUCGCUGCAGUCAUGUGGUGGUAAAGCUCUAAGCUCUCUGCUGGCGGGAGACAGGCCUGAUAACCAGUGGCUGCGGUAUGACAGCAGCAGGUUGCCGCGCUCCCAGCAGGACUGGAAUGAAUGCUGCUUCAUUGAGAAAACCCACUGGGGCUAUUCCACAUGGCCACGGAAGCUGCUGCUCUAUGCCCCUCUUGAGGAACAGCCCAAACAGGGCAAAACAAGAGAAGAGAUGAAUGAGAGUGAACAGAUCAUAUACAAUCAUUUCUCAGACCAGCAGUUCAUAGAUCAGUUCAUCCAGUAUUUGUCUCUGGAGGACAGAAAGGGGAAAGAUAAAUUCAGCUCACGACGAUUUUGCCUCUUUAAGGGUCUUUUUCGGAACUUUGAUGAUGCCUUCCUGCCUCUGCUGAAGCCUCAUAUGGAGCGUCUGGUUGCAGAUUCCCAUGAGAGCACCCAGCGCUGUGUUGCAGAGAUCAUCUCUGGACUCAUCAGGGGUUCCAAACACUGGAGCUACAGCAAGGUGGAAAAACUGUGGGCUCUGCUGUGUCUACUCCUCCGUAAAGCUCUUUCCAAUAUCACCAUUGAGACGUAUGCGGACUGGGGCACCUGUAUCGCCACUGCCUGCGAGAGCCGAGACCCACGAAAGCUGCACUGGCUGUUUGAGAUGCUGAUGGAAUCUCCGGUCACAGGAGAAGGAGGCUCAUUUGUGGAUGCCUGCCGUCUGUAUGUGCUGCAGGGAGGUCUUGCUCAGCAGGAAUGGAGAGUUCCAGAGUUGCUUCACAGGUUACUACAGUACCUAGAACCCAAACUCACUCAGGUCUACAAGAAUGUACGCGAACGCAUCGGCAGUGUGCUCACCUACAUCUUCAUGAUCGACGUGAACCUGCCACACACUCAGCCCACCACAUCCCCGCGCAUCGCAGAGUUCACCGAGCGUGUGCUGACCAGACUCAAGCCUUUAACGGAGGGCGAGGAGGAGAUCCAGAACCACGUGGUAGAGGAGAACACAGAGGGAGAUCAAGACGAGAGGACACAAGCCAUCAAAUUACUCAAAACUGUGUUGAAGUGGUUGAUGACCAGUGCUGGACGCUCCUUCUCUUCUGUGGUCCCAGAACAGCUUCGUCUCCUCCCUCUACUCUUUAAAAUUGCUCCAGUGGAGAAUGACGACAGCUAUGAUGAGAUGAAGAGAGAUGCUAAGACAUGUCUGUCUCUCAUGUCCCAGGGACUGCUGUACUCAGAGCAGAUCCCACAAGUCCUCAAUGCACUUGAGGAGAUUUCGAGGAGCAGCUCAUGGCACGCCUACACCGUUCUCACCUACCUGCAGAUCAUGGUUUUCUACAAUCUUUUCACCUUCCUCAGCAAUGCCAAGGCCGUCAGUGACGUGAGAGCACUAGUACUGAGCCUGCUGGAGGAUGAACAACUUGAGGUGAGGGAGAUGGCCGCCACCACUUUAAGUGGAUUCCUGCAGUGUAAUUUUCUCAGCAUUGACGAACCCAUGCUGGCCCAUUUUGAGGCCCUGAGCAAAACCCGUCUGCCCAAGCGCAAGAGGAGAGAGCUGGGCUCAGUGGUGGACACGAUCCCUUCUGCUGACCUGGUGCGGCGGCAUGCAGGUGUAUUGGGUCUGAGUGCCUGCAUCCUGUCCAGCCCGUAUGAUGUGCCCACCUGGAUGCCCCAGAUCCUCAUGGACCUGAGUGCCCACCUCAACGACACACAGCCUAUAGAGAUGACUGUGAAGAAAACCCUGUCGGAUUUCCGUCGCACUCAUCAUGAUAACUGGCAGGAACACAAGCAGAAGUUCACAGAUGACCAGCUGCUGGUGCUCACAGAUCUGCUGGUCUCCCCCUGUUACUACGCUUAGAAUGAUGUCACUGUCUGGUGAAGGGAAAAGGCAAAGCUAACUGAAACCUGAAUUUUUGUUUGCUCUGAAUGUCUGGGAUUGUUUGUAGAGGACAGAAAAUUAAAACGCAGUUUAUGUAGCAAUAGAUGCAAUCAUCUAGUUAUGAGAUAACUAGAAUAUUUUACUAAACUCUUUUUUUAUUAUUAUUUUUGAAUACACUUAAUAUUUAAGGGGAACUUUAUUGCAGGUAUCGCUGACCUGCAUCUAUAAUGUUCUUGUAUAGUUUUCAGUUUCUGCUUGUUUGAGUGCAGUAUGGAUUGUUAUAGCCCAAUAUAAAGCAGUUUUCUGCACUGCAUUUAUUGUAAUACUAGCAUUUUACAAUUUUAGCAGUAAUCUGUUUGAAAUGUGUACACAUGUAAUGUUGGUAAAUGUUACAUAUGUGUAUGAGGUAAAAGUACCCAUUUCUUUUUUUUCUUUUUUUUAUAGUAGCACUA